GCUGACACAUGUGCCCGCAGGUAUCACGUUUGCACUGAAGUCGGCGGACCCCUUACUUUAGCAAGAAAAUCUCGAACACCAAGUAAUGUGUUACCGUCUAUAAAACAGAUUAUUGAAGAAAGGCACUUCUUACAAUAUCACUCCUGGCCUGGUGAAGUUUGACUACAAUGGAUUCAGUCAAGUCUCAAGUGAAAAAUAAAAAGGGGAAACAUUGGAUGUAUUUCUCCAAACAUGGCAAGAAGUCUAUCCAGGAUCCUUCUGCAUCUACCAAGCCAUCAGGAACAGAUGGGACUGCUUUGCCACACCAACCUGGUGACCAUCCUAGAAAAGCUCACUUGAAGAAACGGAAGAGAAAACGAAAGCCACGAAAGCCUCUAGGGAGCUCUAUUAUUAAAGCAGAAAAAGACAGACAAAAAGUCAGUAAUGAAAGUAGUUCCACUUUUACCUUCAACAAAGAAGUGGCUACUAAGACAGCUAGUGAGAGGACGGAUGACUGUGCAGGCCAGGAUCAUGCAGCCACAGGGGCAUCCAACACUUCAAAAGCAAAACAGCUGAGAAAGAAAAUGAAGAGGAAACUUAAAAUUCUUAAACGUAAAGAAAUGAAAAAGACAAUGACAGGGAGCACAGAAAUAUCCUCAAAUGAACAAGAUAAACUAGAUACUGUUAGCACAACUAAAAAGUCAAAGAGGACAUCAGAGCAAACGAAGAGCAACAAAACCUCAGGUGCUAUCAGUGAUAAAGAAUUGGAUAGAGAGACAUCAAAAGAAGACAAAUCAAAUAUUACAUCAAAAGCUGUGUCAAGAAAAAGGAUAAGGAAGGGUGAGUUGGACACCACAGAGACCAAGAAGAAGAAGAAGAAGAAGCAGGCGAUGAUUGAUACUGUGGAUUCUGGUAUGUCCUCUGGCAAUGAUGAAAUGCCCCAAUUACCUGAAGAACCACAGGAUGUAGCUUCCAACUGGAAAGCAUUAGCAACGACAUUGAAGGCCUCGGCACCAAGGAAUCCCAAACCGAAGACAAAGAACAGCAAUGCCCGUGACAAAGCUGUCGAGAAGAAGGAGAAUGAGAUUUGGUUUGAUGAUGUGGAUCCAGCACUCCUGGAGGCAGAGAAGGGUUCAUCUGAACACAAUGCUAGUGAUAUUGCAGGAGCUGGAGCUUAUCAAGGAGAUAAUAAGAUCACAAAGUGUGUUGCUCUUGACUGUGAAAUGGUGGGUAUUGGUCAUGAGGGAAAGGAGAGUAUCCUGGCUAGAGUCUCAAUGGUCAAUGAAUAUGGUCAUUGCAUCUACGACAAGUUUGUCAAGCCUCGCGAGAAGGUCACAGACUUCAGGACCGAGUUCAGUGGUGUCCGUCCAAAGGACUUAUUCAAGGGGAAUGCUGAGGAAUUCUUGACUGUUCAGAAGGAGAUAGCAGACAUCAUGAAGGAUAGGAUACUGGUUGGACAUGCUCUCAAGAAUGACAUGAAGGUGUUAUUUUUGGGUCAACCCAGAAAGCUGAUCAGGGACACAGCCUCCUACCCGCACUUUAGGGAGCUGAUGAAGACCAAGCGCCCCUCCCUGAAGAAGCUAGCGAAGACGGUUCUUGGAGUGACAGUCCAGGAGGGUGAACAUAACUCUGUGGAGGACGCACAGACGGCUAUGAGACUAUACACCCUGCAUAGAACAGCAUGGGAGAAGUCACUCAAACAGAGAGGCAAAACGAUCAAGAAAUGAAGCAAUCUGUUUUCCUCUUAACCUAAAGUAGGCCUAUAUUCUCAAAUAUUUUAAUAAUAUUUCUUGUUUACCCUGGGUAGCCUCAUCAGUAUUCAUACUGUUCUCCCUGAGGGCCCUGCAAUCAUAUCAUUACCCCAGCUUCCUUAUUUUGGGUCAACCAAUAUGCUAUGUUUAUAGCGUUAACAUGAAUGAAUAUAAUCUGAUUUAUCUUUGUAAUUGAUUUUGAGCUACCAAUGAACAUAAAAUACAAUGUCAUGUGUCCGGCAGCAGGGCCUUGGCAUGCAAACAUGCCAUACAGCAAAUUUCUGGUUAACUCGCUUCUACAGGAUUGAUUGCUCUAUACACGUUAUGCCAAUUAUGAAACAUGACAGGGAGUUAUCUAUUUAUCAAUUAAUAAAAAGGUGAAAAUGGAUGACAACUACCUAAAAUGAGUAGUUUUGUAUAGAGCAUUUCAGUGCUGACAACCUUCUGCUUAAAUCAAUAGCGUUGUUCAGAUAAACUACAGCAUUUGUUUUUCUUCUUCUCAAAACCUACCACGGUUUACCACUUCAUAUCUUAAAGCCCAUCUGUCCUAGUUUGGCCAGGAGCGAUUAGACCACACAGCGAGGUCACUGACAGGUGGCUAUCUCAUCAACUCGGCUCUCAGUUAACAUAAGAAAAAGGGGAUCAUGGGUGACCAAUGGUCACCGAUUAGGCAUUGUUUUCUAUAUAGAGGGAGCAAGUGGCUACAAGUAGUACAGUGGGCUUUUAAAGAACUUUAGUGUGCAUGUGAUAUUUUAGAAGAAUUAAAAAAAGACAUCCAAUUAAACAUAACAAUUUCCAAAAUGUCCAAGCCAGCAUUUAUUGAUUUAUAGAGUUAUCUCUGGUUAUUGCAAACACCUUUUUAUUCAGAGCAAGUUGAAUCAUAGAUGUACAUCAACAAGCCAUGAUGGUUGUUAAUUUCAAAGAGUAUUUGCUCAAAAUGGAUAUUACUAUAUGAUUCUCAAAUAAAUUUUGUAUAAUCAAAACUAUA